AUGGCUAACUCCCAAUUGGCUUUUAAUGCCCUUACUUGCCUUAAAAGGGGCCCAAACUUGCCCAAAACCGAUGUCCGUCUCCAUCCAACCUCUCAUCGAUAUCCCCACACCCUUGGUGUCUGCCUCCAACCCAUAUUCUUCUUCACCGACUGGACCGUAAUCCUGCAAUUUUUCGAGUCAUGGAUUGCUCAGGGAGCCACAAAAUUCUAUUUUUAUCUACACAGUUACACGUGGCAGACCAAGAGAGUCUUGGAUUUCUAUAAGGAUUCAUUGGGUGAUAACCUGGAAUUCAUUGAUUGGAGUGAUCUACCGGUCCAUGCGAGGGAUAAGGGAAGCUACGAUCGGGAUCCGAAUAGCAGGGUUUUUAGACAUGCGGCGACUGCGUUUAUGCAUGAUUGUAUGUUGAGAGCGAGAUCUCAUGUGAAAUUUGUGGCCAACACGGAUCUCGAUGAUCUAGCCGUCUCCUCAUCCCUUAACAUUUCCGAUUUUCUAGAAAAUGCCUCCGUAAGACAUUCAGAUGCAGCGCAAUUUAAAGUCGACUGGAUUCUAAGUCAUCAGCCGCAAAACUGGGAUCCUAUCAAGAAUCCGAAAGAUGUGAAUUUCGUGCUUCAAUCGGUUCGAGUUCUCAAAAUCGCCAAUAUCAGAUAUGACUAUCGAGUCUCCAAAAAGAUGUUCCACAGGCCGGAAAGGGUAACGAAUUUCGAUAUGCACUCAGUGUAUCGAAACGAGUUGGCUGGUAAUCGCAAUCAGCAAUAUACCACUGUUGAAAUGUUCGACAAUCCGGAUUUGUAUUUCUUGCAUUUGAGAAGAUUUGAGAGACAUUUAUUGAAUCCGUUGCCAGUGGAGUUCAAUAAUAACUUCAAUGGGUCGUUGUUGAUGAAAUUGAAUACAAGGAUGUUGGAUCAGUUGGCAAAGAGGAUUGAUAGGACCGAGUUUGCCGACCUGGAGCAGUGUCGUCGUGAAGCAUUCGGCUCAAUUCUGGAUGAUCAAAACCAAAUGUGCCAACAAAGUUCAUCGGGAUGUGAGGGCAUGUUGACAGCCGGUGUUCCAUUCAUUAAAGCCCCUCAAACAUGGAUCAAUAUUGCUCAUAAGGCACUUUUUAAUACCUAUGUUGAGAAGACUGAAAAGUUUUCGUUGUUUAGCUAA